AUGCAGAGAAGCAGCAACGACAGCCUGACAGAAUGGUGCCUAAUAGAGAGCAACCCGUGCAUCUUCAAUGACAUGCUAAGUCGGAUGGGGGCGAAGGACCUCUCCGUGGAGGACGUCUACGAUCUGGACUUUUUCGACGAUUACAUAUCCAACAGGGAUGUGGUGACGGUAGAAAACGUCCUCAGUAUGAAUGAGUACCAGAGUGAGAAGGAAAAGAAUGGAUGGGUUAACCCCAUGGGGGAGGGCACUGGUGAGAGUAACCCCGUUGGAAGUACCACAGGGGAGACAUCCCCCCAAAAGGGGCUCUACAGCAGCACUGUUACGACUGACGUAAAAUACAACAAGCUACUAAAAAACGAAAGCAACAUUUUUGGAAUAAUUUUCCUGUUCAAUAUUGGGAAGAGUUACAACAGGAACAAGUUCGUGGAGCACCAUAUACCGGAAGAUCUUUUUUUUGCAAAACAGGUGAUCCCGAACGCAUGUGCCACACAAGCCAUCCUAUCGAUUGUGCUUAACAAAGAGGUGGAACUGAAUGAAGAAAUAAAAAAUAUAAAGUCGUUUAGUAGCAACUUUGAUAGCUCCAUGAAGGGACUGACCUUGUCGAAUUGCAACUUCCUUCGAAACAUACACAAUUCUUAUAAGCCUCCAAUAUAUAUAGAAAAGGAGAACCUACACGACGAGAAGGGAAAAAGCAACGAUUCCUUCCACUUCGUUUCGUAUAUACAAUUUGGCGGAAGUGUCUACAUGCUGGAUGGGUUACAGGAAGGACCCGUUCUGAUCGGACAGACCAAUGGUGCAGACGAACAGCGUAGCUGGAUCGACCUCGCCAGGGAACACAUAAAGAAGGAAAUAAACGACAUAUGCAACGGUACUGGUGGUGGAAAUUCAAUGGGAGAAGCAGCCGAAGGAGGAGACGGUCGAUUCAACGUCCUGGCUGUUGUAAAAGACAAGGAACACAUGAUUAACGAAUUUUGCAACAUACAUAGAAUUGUAAAAAGGAGAGCUAACCUUAAGUUGAUUAGCUUGGGAAAGGAGGAGGUCGACUUAAACGAUGAUAUAGAUGAAGCCAACUUUAACUACCCUAACAUACCAACUGUGGAAGAGCUCCCAAAUGAUAUGUCUGAACUCCUUCUCAUUUCUGAAAAAGCAACAGGAGAGAUUAACUUCCUUCAGUCUCUUCUGCAGGAGCAAAUGCAGUUGAAACUCACCUGGAAUAAGGAACUCACUUUUAAAUUUUUCAAUUUCUACCCUUUUGUGAUGUCCUCCUUAAAGCUCAUGGCGAAGCAUAACAUUUUAAAGGAGGCCUACGAGAAGCAAAAGCAGAAGCAUCAGCAGCAGCACAGUCGGGGCGCCGCAUAA